GUCAACCAACUCCUUCUAACUUCAGGAAGCUGGAAGUUUCACACUCCCGUGCUAGGACUGUGUCUUUAACAGGUUGAAUUCCGGAGUUUUUGGACAAAAACAAACAACGGGGGGAAUAUUGUUGUUAUAUUUGUUAGUUAAAGUAAGUGUGUUUGUAGAUACAUUUUGUGAAAGUCUGAAGGAAGGACGAGAAGGACAAAGUCGUCACACAUCACUGACUAAAGAUGUCAGCCCCGAGCCUGUUGGUUAAUUACUGCACCGAACUCCAUGAUGACCAAGCGCAUAAAGUGGACAAUUACCUCCACCAUUUUCAGCUGUCAGAUAAGACUUUGAUGGAUUUGUCAAUAAGAUUUCGACGAGAAAUGGACAAAGGCCUGUGCAGAGACACUAACCCUACAGCUGCUGUCAAGAUGCUGCCCACGUUUGUGCUCUCCACUCCUGAUGGAACAGAGGAAGGUGAAUUCUUGGCACUCGAUCUUGGCGGAUCCAACUUCCGGGUGCUCCUGGUCAAAGUUAUGGCUGAUGGCAGGCAAGAGGUGGAGAUGGAAGAUCAGAUUUAUGACAUUCCUGAACACCUCAUGAGAGGCUGCGGGUCUGAGUUAUUUGACCACAUAGCUGAUUGUCUGGCUAACUUCAUGGAGAAGUUGGACAUAAAGGAUAAAAAACUCCCUCUUGGUUUCACCUUCUCUUUUCCUUGUCUGCAGACAAAUUUGGAUGAGAGUGUUUUGGUGUCUUGGACCAAAGGCUUCAAGUCAAGUGGAGUAGAGGGAAAGGACGUGGUCAACCUUCUGAGGAAAUCCAUCAAAAAACGAGGGGACUUUGAUAUAGACAUUGUGGCUGUGACUAAUGACACAGUGGGAACCAUGAUGACCUGUGGCUACGAUGAUCAUCUCUGUGAAAUUGGACUCAUUGUGGGAACGGGGACCAAUGCCUGCUACAUGGAGCAGAUGAGGAACCUUGAGCUGCUGGACGGUGAUGAGGGGCGGAUGUGUGUAAAUACAGAGUGGGGCGCUUUUGGAGACGAUGGCGCUCUGGAGGACCUGCGCACUGACAUUGACCGGGAAAUAGACGCAGGCUCUCUGAACCCUGGCAAGCAGCUGUUUGAGAAGAUGAUCAGUGGCCUGUACAUGGGUGAACUAGUACGUCUCAUCCUGGUGAGAAUGACCAAAGAGAAGCUGCUGUUCCAGGGCAAGACUACAGCACAGCUCCUCACCACUGGAAGCUUCAACACGAGCUACAUCUAUGCCAUUGAGAAUGACAAAGAUGAGGAAGGUCUGGCGAGUGCGGAGAAGGUGCUCCGCGGCCUGGGUCUGGACCCGUUGGUUGAGGACUGCAUUGCCACUCAGAGGGUGUGUCAGAUAAUAUCAACUCGGGCUGCACACUUGUGUGCUGCCACUCUAGUGGCAGUGCUGCGGCAGAUAAGGGACAACAAAGCAGCUGAGAAGCUGCGUACCACUAUUGGAGUUGAUGGCUCUGUUUACAAGAAUCAUCCAGAGUUUUCCAGGAGACUCCACAAGAUGGUCCGUCGACUAGUGCCAGACUGUGAUGUGCGUUUUCUGCAGUCGCAGUGUGGCAGUGGAAAGGGUGCUGCCAUGGUAACAGCAGUAGCAUACCGUCUUGCAGCUCAACAUGCUGAGCGUCAGGGCAUUCUUGACACUUUGCGUUUGAGCCAUGAACAACUGCUGGAAGUGAAGGAGCAAAUGAGUAAAGAGAUGGUGCGAGGCCUCUCAAAGCAAACCCAUGAACAGGCGAGCGUCAAAAUGCUUCCCACCUUUGUUAGAGCCACACCAGAUGGAACAGAGCAUGGUGACUUCCUGGCUUUGGACCUUGGAGGCUCCAGCUUUCGGGUGCUGCUAGUGCGCGUGCGAAGUGGAAAGAAACACAAUGUGGACAUGCAUCACAAGAUCUACAGUAUCCCACAGGAGACUAUGCAGGGCACAGGGCAAGAGCUUUUCAGCCACAUUGUGGACUGCAUUGCUGACUUUCUGGAAUACAUGGGCAUGAGAGGAGCAUCCUUACCUCUGGGCUUUACAUUCUCCUUCCCCUGUCAUCAAAGCAAACUGGAUCAGGGUAUUCUUCUCAAGUGGACAAAGGGUUUCAAAGCCACUGGCUGUGAGGGACAAGAUGUCAUAACAUUACUUAAAGAUGCUGUCCGCCGGAGACAGGAAUUUGACUUAAACUUUGUGGCAGUGGUUAACGACACAGUGGGAACCAUGAUGACCUGCAGCUAUGAGGACCCCCAAUGUGAGGUGGGACUCAUUGUAGGCACAGGGACCAAUGCCUGCUACAUGGAGGAAAUGAAGAACAUCGAAGUGGUGGAGGGUGAUGAGGGCCUAAUGUGUGUCAACAUGGAGUGGGGAGCGUUUGGUGACAAUGGAGAACUUGAUGACUUCUGUACCCAGUUUGACCACACGGUCGACGAGUGCUCUAACAAUCCUGGAAAACAGAGGUAUGAGAAGAUGGUCAGUGGCAUGUAUCUGGGAGAGAUAGUGAGGAAUGUGCUGAUUGAUUUUACGGCCAAGGGCCUGCUGUUCAGAGGCAAAAUGUCAGAGAGACUCAAGACCCGGUGCAUCUUCGAGACAAAGUUCCUGUCCCAGAUUGAAACUGACCGUCUGGCCAUGAGACAAAUCCGCUCCAUUCUGCAGCACCUGGGCCUCACCACCUCCACAUGUGACGACAGCGUACUGGUGAAGGAGGUGUGCAGUGUGGUCGCACGCCGGGCAGCUCAGCUUUGUGGUGCUGGUUUAGCCGCUGUGGUUGACAAGAUGCGUCAGAGCCGCAACCUGAAUCAGCUGUCUGUCACCGUUGGAGUGGACGGCACCCUUUACAAGACGCACCCUCAUUUCUCCAGCAUCAUGCAAGAAACGCUGCAGGCUCUGGCGCCACAGUGUCAGGUGACUUUCCACAAGUCAGAGGAUGGCAGCGGGAAGGGAGCAGCACUGAUCACAGCUGUGGCCUGCCGAGUCAAGAGCGAAGAGCAGCACUGAAUCACCAAAACUUUGGCAGACUGGGAGAACCAGAGCUACUAUGACUGAUGACAUACAGCUGAAUAAGUUUAGAUCUUUAGUACUGAAAUGUUUGUUCUGACUUGUUUUGUGUGUUUUCACAUACACAGAAGUGCAUGUGCAUUUGGUGUGCUUGGAGUAGCUGUGAAUAAUGGUGAAGGCUGACAUUGCAAGGUGGUAAAUUAAUGUUAGAAAUAACAGUUCGGCUUGUGUGUGAGAAGUCGCACCUUCUGGGACAUGUGACUGUUACAAGCUUUGGGGAUCUUUUUCUUUUUACACUCUCCUCUUUUUUUGCACUAUAAAACCUGCAGGUUUCCUCCAAGCUAACUUCUCUGAUCUGAGUUAAUUCAUGGAAACAUAUACAAAGGUCAAGUUUUAAAAAGUUUAUUCAUACAGACGUCACAAAGUGCCUCUCAUUGUACCUCACAAAAGUGAGACAUAAAAUAAAGGUAGCUGGAAGGAAACAAGCAACAAAAUGAAACACAUCUGCAGGGGUUUUGCAUUUUAAAUACUCUGUUCUUUAAUGCUUUUCUUAGUUGGGUUCUAUCUCUUAUUAAAUCAGAAUAAAAUUAAUAUCUCAAUAAAUGUAUGGUUUAAUGUCAGUUUUAAGAAUCAACCACAAGAUUUUAAUUGAAAUAUUUUUUAUGCAGUUAACUUUUUAUUGAUUUCUAAUUUCAAAUUUGUCAAGUAUGAAAUAUUAAUAUUUGAAAUGUCUUGAAAAUAAAUGUUAUACUCCCCGUCGCUCACUGUUAGAGCAUCUGCCAUCAAUAAAAAAAGACUGACGAGAUUGAUGCAAA